AUGUCAGCGCGCGUGCGCGUGGCCGCUGCCUCGGCACGCACGCUGGCUGUGGUGAGUAGGAUGUCAGCACGCGUGCGCGUGGCCGCUGCCUCGGCACGCACGCUGGCUGUGGCACGCAUGCUGGCUGUGGUGAGUAGGAUGUCAGCGCGCGUGCGCGUGGCCGCUGCCUCGGCACGCAUGCUGGCUGUGGUGAGUAGGAUGUCAGCGCGCGUGCGCGUGGCCGCUGCCUCGGCACGCAUGCUGGCUGUGGUGAGUAGGAUGUCAGCGCGCGUGCGCGUGGCCGCUGCCUCGGCACGCAUGCUGGCUGUGGCACGCACGCUGGCUGUGGUGAGUAGGAUGUCAGCGCGCGUGCGCAUGGCCGCUGCCUCGGCACGCAUGCUGGCUGUGGUGAGUAUGAUGUCAGCGCGCGUGCGCGUGGCCGCUGCCUCGGCACGCACGCUGGCUGUGGCACGCAUGCUGGCUGUGGUGAGUAGGAUGUCAGCACGCGUGCGCGUGGCCGCUGCCUCGGCACGCAUGCUGGCUGUGGUGAGUAGGAUGUCAGCGCGCGUGCGCGUGGCCGCUGCCUAG